AUGACACAACCCACGUCUGUCAACAUGACCUUCGAUACCUCCCUAACCCCAGAACUCAAUCAAGCUCCUUUCAAUGCCGAGCAAAGCCAGGAGACACCGAAGCAGUCGCAAGCCCUAGGCGUCACUUCUCCCCCGCCAAAACCCUCAACACCCGUCCAGCAUAUACCGACACAGGACGCAUACGACCAGUGGGCUUCCGUCUAUGACACAGACGGCAACAUGCUCCAGGCCAUCGACGACUUGGAACUAUCUUCCCUCCUGCCAAGCUUCCUCUCCAUGGUCCUAUCAUCAACUUACUAUCCGACUCUCAACCUUUUGGAUCUUGGCUGCGGCACAGGCCGCAACACCGCGAGACUUCUCUCCUUUGCAUGGCCCCCGGACCGCCGUGUCAACAUCACAGGCCUCGAUUUCUCACGCGGCAUGCUCGACGUAGCGGCUAAGAAACUUACGCCCCUCGUCUCUGCGACACCCAACAUCUCCCUGAGACUGGAACAAGCUGAUUGCUUCCCCACCGUCUCCUCUCAGACUUCAUCUCCCAUUCCCGCCGUCCCACAUCUCCAGCCAUCCAAGGCAGUGAUCUCAACACUCGUCCUCGAGCACAUCCCGCUCACGCCCUACUUCUCAACGCUCUCCAGUCUCCUUGCUCCUGGUGGGUACGCGCUUGUCACGAACAUGCACAGCGAGAUGGGACGUAUCUCACAGGCUGGCUUUGUCAAUGCUGAUGGUGUUAAGGUUAGGGGAGAAAGCUACGCGCAUACGCCGCAAGAGACGGCAGAGGAGGCACGAAGAGCUGGCUUGGAAGUUGUUACUCUAAAGGAGAGGGUGAUGGAGAAAAGUGAUGUGGAGGGUGGAAUGGUAAGCGACAGAGGAUGGAAGUGGGUUGGUAUUAGGGUGUGGUAUGGGAUGAUGCUUAAGAAGAUUGGGUGA